GCCCGCGGAGCCUCGCAGGUGCAGCAGCGAGGUGGGUGCCGGUUAGGGGAGCACCGGCCCGCACUCACCCUCAAGUAGCGGGUGAGAGGGGAAGGCAGGGGCAGGCCCAGCCGGGACGAAGUUGGGGUUCAGAGAUCUGGAACCCAGCCAGACAGAGGCCCAGUCUUCCCCUGGAUCUCUAAUGCAAUGGCAGCCCCUCGGGGAAGGUCAAAGAAAAGAACAGCAUUUGAUCUAACUCCAGAUAGCCUUCCUUUGAGGAGCUCCGGUAGGCAGGCAAAGAAGAAAGUAACGGAGACAACAGAUGAGGAUGAAGAUGGUGUGUCCGAGAAGAAAUACCGGAAAUGUGAAAAGGCAGGCUGUACUGCGACGUGUCCUGUGUGCUUUGCAAGUGCUUCAGAAAGAUGUGCCAAAAACGGUUACACAUCCCGAUGGUACCACCUCUCCUGUGGGGAACAUUUCUGCAAUGAGUGUUUUGACCAUUAUUACAGGAGCCAUAAAGAUGGAUAUGACAAAUAUACUACGUGGAAAAAAAUUUGGACCAGCAACGGCAAAACAGAACCCAGUCCCAAAGCAUUCAUGGCCGACCAGCAGCUCCCUUAUUGGGUGCAGUGUACAAAACCCGAGUGUAGGAAAUGGAGACAGCUUACCAAGGAAAUCCAGCUUACUCCACAGAUAGCGAAGACUUACCGGUGUGGUAUGAAACCAAAUACUAUGAAGCCUGAGAACUCGGAUCAUUGUUCCCUGCCUGAGGAUCUGAGAGUGUCGGAAGUUUCCAACCACUGGUGGUACUCCAUGCUCAUCCUGCCUCCUUUGUUGAAAGACAGCGUGGCAGCGCCUCUGCUCUCUGCCUACUACCCUGACUGCGUAGGCAUGAGUCCCUCCUGUACCAGCACAAACCGCGCUGCCGCCGCUGCCAUCGCCACCGCAGCCACCGUGGCCACCACUGGCGAUGCCAGCCCGGGGAGGCCGGAGCCCUCCAAGGUGGUCCCUUCUGUGCUAGUUCCAGGCAUGAAUCGGUACUUCCAGCCCUUCUACCAGCCCAAUGAGUGUGGCAAGGCCCUGUGUGUGCGGCCCGACGUGAUGGAACUGGAUGAACUCUAUGAGUUUCCUGAGUACUCCCGAGACCCCACCAUGUACCUGGCUCUGAGGAACCUCAUCCUCGCCCUGUGGUACACAAACUGCAAAGAAGCUCUUACUCCUCAGAAAUGUAUUCCUCAUAUCAUCGUCCGGGGUCUCGUGCGCAUUCGGUGUGUUCAGGAAGUGGAGAGGAUACUUUAUUUUAUGACGAGGAAAGGCCUCAUCAACACAGGAGUUCUUACUGUGGGAGCCGACCAGUAUCUUCUUCCUAAAGACUAUCACAAUAAAUCAGUCAUCAUUGUAGGGGCUGGUCCAGCAGGGUUAGCAGCUGCUAGGCAACUGCAUAACUUUGGAAUUAAGGUAACUAUCCUGGAAGCCAAAGACAGAAUCGGAGGCCGAGUGUGGGAUGAUAAAUCUUUUAAAGGUGUCACAGUGGGAAGAGGACCCCAGAUUGUCAAUGGCUGUAUUAAUAACCCAGUAGCACUAAUGUGUGAGCAACUUGGCAUCAGCAUGCAUAAAUUUGGAGAAAGAUGUGACUUAAUUCAGGAAGGUGGAAGAAUAACUGACCCCACCAUUGACAAGCGCAUGGAUUUUCAUUUUAAUGCUCUCUUGGAUGUUGUCUCUGAGUGGAGGAAGGAUAAGACACAGCUCCAAGAUGUCCCUUUAGGAGAAAAGAUAGAGGAGAUCUACAAAGCUUUCAUUAAGGAGUCUGGCAUCCAGUUCAGUGAGCUGGAAGGGCAGGUGCUCCAGUUCCAUCUCAGUAACCUGGAAUACGCCUGCGGCAGCAACCUCCACCAGGUGUCGGCUCGCUCCUGGGAUCACAAUGAGUUCUUCGCCCAGUUUGCUGGUGACCACACUCUCCUGACUCCUGGGUACUCUGUAAUCGUUGAGAAAUUGGCCGAAGGGCUUGACAUUAGGCUCCGGUCUCCGGUCCAGGGCAUUGAUUACACUGGAGAUGAAGUACGGGUCACCAUAGCAGAUGGCACUGGGUAUUCUGCACAAAAGGUAUUAGUCACUGUUCCACUGGCCAUACUACAGAAGGGGGUCAUUCAGUUUAACCCACCACUGUCAGAGAAGAAGAUGAAAGCUAUCAACAGCUUGGGUGCUGGCAUCAUCGAGAAGAUUGCCUUGCAAUUUCCUUACCGAUUUUGGGACAGCAAAGUUCAAGGGGCUGACUUUUUUGGUCAUGUUCCUCCCAGCGCCAGCCAGCGGGGGCUCUUUGCUGUCUACUAUGACAUGGAUCCCCAGAAGCAGCAGAGCGUGUUGAUGUCGGUGAUUGCUGGGGAGGCGGUGGCGUCAGUUCGGACCCUGGAUGAUAAGCAGGUGCUGCAGCAGUGCAUGGCCACCCUGCGGGAGCUGUUCAAGGAGCAGGAGGUCCCAGAUCCCACGAAGUAUUUUGUCACUCGGUGGAGCACAGAACCAUGGAUCCAGAUGGCAUACAGUUUUGUGAAGACAUUUGGGAGUGGAGAGGCUUAUGAUAUCAUUGCUGAAGAAAUACAAGGAACUGUCUUUUUUGCUGGCGAGGCAACAAACAGGCAUUUUCCACAAACUGUUACAGGGGCGUAUUUGAGUGGUGUUCGAGAAGCAAGCAAGAUUGCAGCCUUUUGAAUAGAAUUUGUCUGGACCUAGCUUUCUUCUGUACUCCAAAUGGGAAAGUCUGAAACACAGGUUACACCUCAAUUGUAUGUGUGUGCGUGUCUGUGUGUGUGCCUGCUCUGGAUAACAAACCUGAAAGUGUUCUGAAAAUGUAAACCCAUUUACCACUCUGAAAGCACCAUCCCCAAAGUCUUUAUGAGCACUUAUAUUUAAUUGCAUUUCCCACAAGGCCAACUAGUGCUGAAGUCCUCUGGAUUUCAAAAUAAGGCAGAAUAUGACCUUAAGAUGAGACUUGGAUAAGAUUCUUCCAUGGCUGAAGGUUCCCUUGAGACUUGACAUUUUGUUGGGCUAAUGAAUUUUCCUACUUUACAGAACCAGGUAAAUCAAGCAGGAAUCAUUAACAAACUACAUAAAGCCAUUUGUUUUUUUUCUAUGAAAACUAACCAGUAUCUUUACCAGUGAGCCUUAAUAUUUUUAUAUAGCUCCAAUAUUAACCUGUACUUAAAAAUUUAUGUAGAACUUUUUUUUCAAAUACACCAUAAACUGUCUAGUUUAAGGCAAAAAUGAAGUUUCUAGAAGACUUUUAUACUGUGCAUUUUUUCCCCUUGGGUAUUCAAAAAUUGAAACUAAAUUCAGGUAUUUUUUGUGAUGUCCACUCAUAUUUGUCCAUGCACUGGUGAAACUGCAAAACUCAAUCCUUAUAUAGCAUAAGGGUCUUAUAAUUGAGAAUGGGGUGCUGAUGUAGUCUAUAUGCUAUAAGCAUAAAAUACAGCUGUUUUUCUUAAAGCCAAAUUUGAGUGGGUAGCUAACUUUUAAUAUCCUUAAAUUUUGGCAAGCACUAGCAAAAGAAUUUUGUCAGAAUAGAAGGUCCUUCUCACUUUUUAAAAUUGAUUCAAUCUCUAGGAAUAUUUUUUGCAUAAUUAUGUCUAGUUUUCCAUAGGCUGGCUGGUCCACUGGAAAACUGCACAGAAAUGUGUUAUCGGUAAAUAUAUUUUAUAAGCCUUAUCGUAUGAGCCUGACAUGGCCAAUCUGCUUUUUCCUUUUUCACUUUUGACAACAAAAAAUUGUUCAAUAAACAUUGGUUUCAGGGUUUUCAGGAUGCUUUUUUUGCCAAGAAACUUCAGUUUACAGGUUAGAAAUGUGCUUUUGUUUUAAAAAGUCUUUGAACAAUUCUUUGAAUUAUACUGGUGUUUUAAUAAAGGGACUAAAAUAACUUUAAAGCCACUUUUCAAAAUAUUUGUUGUUUUUGAAAUUUAAAAUCAGCUUGUAAGAAUUUUAUGCAAAGAAUGUACAGUGAACUUUAGGUAACAUAACCAUCCCAUCAGAGUAUGAUACAAAAGAAAAUUAAUAGCUGUAUACUUCAAAGUGAACACAGGGAAAUGGUGAUAUUUAGGUUGAGACUCAUUGGUACUGAUAGGAAGUAUUCUGCUUAAAAGUGUUAUGUAACGAUGAUUAAUAGCAUGUGUUAAGGGACAAAUGCAAAAUAUGUUGUUUAAAAUAGUUCACAGUAAAUUAUUACUUCAGCUUCUUUUGGGCACUUAGAUUUGUACUGUGCUACCUACAAGCACGGAAAAAACAAAAGUAUGGUACAUGUAUUUAAGAAUUUUUCAAAUGACAUACUUCAUUUGACAUUUUGCUGAGGAUCUAUGGUACUUUUCAGUUACUUUGAAUAUGUUUUCAAUGUUGUCUGAAGAUUCUGUAAUUGAGUUAACAGUGAAUACACACACUUAACUUCAGAUCAUGAGUGCUGGUUGUGCAAAACUGCUUAAUAAAAACUAAACUUGUUUUUCAAAUAUCCUUUGUAUAUUGCAAUGAGAACACUGAAUACUCUUAUUAAAUGGGCAUGUGAUCAUGAAGAACGUUUACACACACAAACUCUGUCCAUUACCUCCAAUCCCUCUAU